CUGAAAAAUGGUUCCCAGUUUUUUUCUCAAUACUGUUUCUUGUCUGAUCCCAGAAGAGAAGGAUCCAUUGUACUUGGACCUGUGGCAUGCAUGAACGGCCCCCUCACCGCUGUUCCUCGAGUCGGUGAGAAGGUCUUCUACCUCCCACAAGGACACAUCGUGCAGGUUCUGGUUUCUCCAGUAUCUCUUUCACUGUUUCAUUCCUAUGAUCUUCUCAAAGCUUGAUAAUGAUCUGAAAAUGCUCAUCUAACAUAUAGCUUCCAACAUUCUGUGCACAGUUGUAAAUGUUGAGUUAAAGGCGGAAAAGGAAACAGAUGAGGUGUUCGCUCAAAUAACACUGCUUCCAGAAACGAAGAAUGACAAUAACCUGCGGCAUGGACUGCUUGAAUCUCUCCCUCGGUGUCCUCAUGGGCCCUAAAGUGUUCUCCUUCUCCAAAGUUCUCACUGCAUCUGAUACAAGCACGCAUGGCGGAUUCUCUGUUCUCAAGAGGCAUUCUGCUGAAUGCCUUCCACCUCUGGACAUGUCUCAGCAAACCCCAUCACAGGAACUAUAGCUAAAGAUCUCCAUGGUGUACAAUGGCGUUUCCGUCGUAUAUAUCGUGGUGGGUUUAUCUAGCAAUUUUCAUAAUUUUAGCAACCUCAGAAUCAGUCUGAACCAAACAGGAAAAAAGGUUGAUAGGAAAAGCCGAACUGGUGCUUAUGGUUCUAAUUAUGAGGAAAAUGACAACUGCAGUUGUUUCAAUGUCAUAGGGAUUGUAAUAGGGUGCAGUAAAGAGAGAGCUGAAGAAGGAUGUCGACAAAAGGAAAGAAGGAAGAGGAGUGCGUCUCUGAUGGAGAAUCCGUUGAGGGGCCACCCAAGAAGAGCUUCAAGAAAGGCUCUGACGACUCUGGCGACAUUGUCGUUUGCGAGAUUUCGAAGAACAGGAGAGUCUCGGUGAGGACUUGGCAAGGGAAGGUCGUCGUCGACAUUCGAGAGUUCUACGUCAAAGAUGGAAAGCAACUGCCAGGGAAGAAAGGUAUCUUACUAACUAUGGAUCAGUGGAAAAUUCUUCGGGAUCAUGUUGGUGAAAUUGACAAGGCGGUUGCUGAGAAUGCUUAAGCAGCUAGAGGAGAAUUGACAAGGCGGUUUCAUGGGAUUUACCACAUCAAACACUGAAGGAAAUGACAACAAUGUAGCUUCUUUUUGGAAAGGAAAAUCACAUUAUCAUGUGCACGUUUUGUAAUUAAUAGCAACUGGGUUUGUUGACUUACCUUCUUAGUAAUUAGACAACAAUCAACAUCUUUUUUGUAUGUAUUAUGCAAGUCUGUUGAUGGGAAACAUCUAGCUAGGGGUUGCUUUUAUGUGUUGUUUAAACAAGAAACUGAUCUCUUUUAGAGAUGAUAUUCCUACCAUAUGAUGAUACAUAUAUCCAAUCUCUUGCAUCA